GGACUCUAUUGAUUGGUUAACGAGGAGAUGUAAAAAAUGGCUGCCUUGCCUUCUCCUACUCAGGUGGCAGGGACCCACAGUUCUAUAUACGAAGCCUAUUAUCACCAAGUUGACCCUAACGGCACAGGGGCGAUUCAAGCUUUGGACGCUGCGCGGUUCCUGAAGAAGUCCCGCCUCAGCGAUGUCGUGCUCAGCAAGAUAUGGGACCUCUCUGACCCCAAUGGCAAGGGGUACUUGGACAAAGCGGGGCUGUUCGUGGCGCUGAAGCUGGUGGCGCUGGCGCAGGCCGGCAAGGACAUCAAUAUGACCAACAUACACAGCGAGGCGCCGCCGCCUAAAGUCGGGGAAUUGCCGAAAGUGCCGCCGGCGAGCGCCUCCCCCGUGCCGGCCUCCGCAGCACCCGGCGCGGGCGGCGACUGGAGCAUCAAGCCGGCUGAGCGCGAGAAGUACAGCCAACUGUUCGACUCCCUGCAGCCCAGCAACGGACUCAUACCCGGCAACAAGGUGAAAGGAGUUUUGAUGGAGUCAAAAUUACCAUUAGAGACCCUCGGGAAGAUCUGGGAUUUAGCCGAUCAGGACAAAGAUGGCAUGCUGGACAGACACGAGUUCAUUGUGGCGAUGCACCUGGUGUACAAGGCGCUGGAGAAGCACGCGGUGCCCACGUGCCUGCCGCCCGAGCUGCGCGCGCGCCCCGCCCGGCCCCCCUCCCGCCCGCCCAGCCGCCCCGCCUCACGCCCGCCCUCGCGCCCGCCCUCGCCGCAGCCCCGCCCCCCGCCGCCCCGACCACACCCCCCGCCGCCUCAGCAGCCUCAGCCGCACUCCAAUACAUCCCUGCUCGAGGGACUACUAGAUCUUUCCACUCCGCCGUCGACUCCAGCUAACAGCGCGCCCAGCAUGGCGAACAUGGCGAACAUGGCGAACAUGGGGCCUACACCGGCGGAGCGCGCGCAGUACGACGCGCAGUUUGAAGCUGCGGAUCUGGACCGCGACGGGCUGGUCUCAGGCGCUGAGAUCCGCGACACCUUCCUGCGCAGUGGACUGCCGCAACAGACUCUCGCGCACAUCUGGGCGCUGUGUGACAGUGGGGGUGUGGGCAAGUUGUCGCGGGUGCAGUUCGCGGCGGCGAUGUGGCUGGUGCAGAGAGCGGCGCGCGGCACUCCCCCGCCCCCCACUCUGCCGCCACACCUGCUGCAGCCACAACUCGCACCACUCGCACCCCUAGCCCCGCCCACACAGCCCGAGGCGGGUCUGAACCUGGGCCCGCAGCCGACGCCCGAGCUGGAGGCGAUAGCGCGCGAGGCGGACGCGCUGGCGCGGGAGAGGCUCGCGCUCGAGGCCGAGGUCGCCGCCAAGCAGCAGGAACUCCUCGCCAAGGAGGGGGAGGCCGACAGCUUGCAGCGCGAAUUAGACACGUUGACGGCCACGUUGAAACAAUUAGAGAAUCAGAAAGGUGAAGCACAGAAGCGACUUAACGACCUAAAGACACAGGUGGAGAAGUUGCGGUCGCAGGCGAGCGCGCAGGAGGCGGCGGCGGCGGAGACGGAGGCGGAGGUGGCGGGGCGGCGCGCGGCCGCGCAGUCGCAGCGCGAGCGCGAGCAGGCGCUGCACGCCGAGCUGCGCGACGCCGAGGCCGCCGCGGACGCGCUCACUGCGCAGCUGCAGCGCACCGUGCUCGCGCUCAGUCAGGCGCGGGUGAAGAUCGACCACCUGGAGGAGCACGAGCGCGCGAUGGAGGCUGCGCUGGCGGCGAUGGCGGCGGGCAGCGCGCCCGCAGCGCUGCAGCCGCUGCACGAGCCCCAGUACCUGCAGCAUCUGGCGCGCGGCGCAUCCCUCGACGAUGAGCCGUUCCCGGAGCCGACGACGAACUCUCACUCCGCGGACCCCUUCGCCCCCAGCGACCCCUUCGCGCCCCCUGGCGGCGCUUCACAAGCUCAGGACGGUUUCGGUGCGGAUCCGUUCGCCGGCGACGCGUUCGCCCCCAGCGAGCCCGCGGCCCCCACCACUAAUGAUAGCGCAUGGGAAUCUGACCCGUUCGCGGUGCUGCACGCGCCGCCGCGGGGCUCCGCCCCCUCUGCCGUGUCCGCCGCGCCCGCAGCACCCGCAGCCCCCGCAGCCCCCGCGGAGGGCAAGCGGCACAAGACGCCGCCCCCGCGCCCCGCGCCGCCCCGCCCCAACCCCCCGCACAAGACCGUCCGCGCCAAACCGAUGGAAUUCACCGACGACCCCUUCAAAGACUACAGAUAUGAGGACCCCUUCAAUAUAGAGGACCCCUUCGCCGACCUCACCGACUCCAGGAAGAUGGACCCCUUCGCUCGCUCCACGUCGGCCGUCGGCUUCGAGACGGACGACUUCUCGUCGCCUCUGCCCGUGCUCAACGGCGGCCCCAAGCCACGCAGCGGACGUUCCUCCGCCCCGCCCGUCGCAUACGACCCCUUCUCCUCGCGCUCGGAGUUUAAAAACAACAACAACGACUCGUGGGCCUGGCCCAACGACAACUGGGCCACCGACGACGCCUGGACCACCAAGCCCAGCGCCACCGACUCCACCAACUCGGCCUUCGACCGCAAGACCGACGACUGGGCCAACAAGACCGACAACUGGGCCAACAAGACCGACAACUGGGCCACCGACUGGGGCGCCACCGACACCGACAAAAACCUGAACGAGACGUGGCCCACUCACACUAGUACCCUGCCCAGUAAGAAAGAGAAAUCGCCAAAGCCGGUGAAGUACGCGAAGUCGCUCGUCCACACGAUAGGGGGGAUAGGCAGGACUAAGCAAAAUAAAGAGAAGAAGACUAAGCCUACGGAGGCGAAGAGCGUGGAGUUUCUGCCGUCGGAGGAGCAGCAGUGGGCCUGGGCGGCCGCGGAGUCCAAGCGGCUGGAGGCGGAGGCGGAGGCGCGCCGGCGGCAGGAGGACGCCGAGCUGCAGCUCGCUUUAGCUAUAUCCAGGCAGGAGAAGUGACAUCCUCGCUGGUGACCGGUCAACGGUCAUGUAUCUCCUCCGGUCCUCGCGAGAGCGGUCACAGAUCCAUUUUAUUUAUUCGUGCAUUUCAAACGAACCGUCUAUAUCAUUCGGCGAUAAUUCGUGCUCCAUAUUAAAGCUUAUGCAAUAAUACAUUGACAUCACAUAGAGCGUAGCACGAUUGGAGCUAUAUUCGUUUGUCUCUUUCGAUGACCAAUUCAACGGCUAAAGCAGAAGAGAGACAAUAAUAGAGUGGUGCAAUGCUGCCUUCACGGACUUUGCGUUCGUAUGAUGCAUGCUUUAUAAAAAAAUUAUUCCAUUAAAUUGUAGUCCCUAAAAACCCUAACAAUUUGUACUGUGUUAAGAUUUCUUCCAUUUUCUUUAUUUAUGUUGCGCGUUUAAAACAGUUGUAAAUAUCUGUUAUGUCUGUGUGGUUCAAUUAUUUAACGAUAUCAAACGAUUAUUUUACACAGUUAAGUACAUAUGUCUGUUAUGUAACGUUAAUAGCUAUUAUAAAUUAUAAAUUAUGCCCAGUGAAGGGACAAAAUAACACAUAUGUUCUAACCGUCUAUUUCCAUUUGUAUAAAU